GAAACGAAAAAAUCCGAGCAGACAGGCAAGCAGCUAGACAUCUACUUAAGGCGUAGUCCAAGGUUCUAAGUCCAAAAAAGAAAACCUCGAAUUCCAAACAACGUAGCUAUCUCCGAAGUUGAGCAGCCGAGGAUUUCGAAGGGACAGCCAUGGCGAGUACAAACCCUAUAGCAGGAUCUGGAACCAACGCUCCGAAGAUAAUCUGGAAUGAAGCCCAACGGAGGUUCGAAACAGAGGACAAGAAGGCUUAUCUUCAGUACGUGAUCAAAAAUCAAGGUAAAGUCAUUGAUAUGAUUCACACUUUCGUUCCUUCUUCCAAAAGGGGUUUGGGAUUGGCUUCUCAUCUCUGCGCCGCCGCCUUCAAUCAUGCCGCCGCUCAUUCCUUGGCCGUCGUUCCCUCUUGUUCUUACAUUUCCUUUUGGUUUGUUUUGCUCAUUUGGGGAUCAUUGCUGCGUUCUUGUGUGCUUGUUUUGGACACCUUUCUCCCGAGGAAUCCAACUUGGAACCAUCUUUUAUACUCUGAAGACAAGAAAUCAAACCUGUUGUGAAACAACAGAGCGUCGAGUGAAGAAGUCCAACGUAAGUGGAAUGGAGCGUCGAGGGGAGAGACAGUUGGCAACGACAUCUGAUGAGAAACACAGAGACGAGGUCAAAUGGAGAAAUGGGAAAUGAGAAGAGAGUCCAACGGAGAAAUAAAGAGGCGAGUGACGUCAACGUUUGGAGACACGUAGAGGCAAAACAAGGUCAAAGAUGAACGUUGUGUGAGACUACGAGACAAAGUCUCAAGCUCAUGGUCAAAGAGCCGGGAGAGACAAUGAGAGUGUAGACUUGCCAGGAUGAUUCAUGGGUUU